GACAAUAAUCGGAAGCACUCUGGCAGGGGCCUUUCGUAUCUGCACUGCGUCAGGUAUCGGCCGCCGCGGUGGUGAGAGGCCAGCGCCAGAUCGAGCGGAGGGAAGGCGCGCGCAGCAGGAAGCAGUUCGCCGAACAGCUGCGCCGCUUCUCGUGACUCGGUGACGCCGCCGCACUCUCGCCUAUAUGUUGCGCGUGCGCGCGCGCGCUGUCAUGUGAGGCCGUGGAUACUGCGAACGGCGCGUUACUUCACGGGGAAUGCCCGAACCUGCAAAACAAGGUCUGUGUUAACCACCCGACCAUGGCGGCCACCAGCAGCGGGCCUCUCGAGACAAAGCGCUGUCUUCGGUUGUCCGUUGCCUGGCGGCUGUACCUGUACGCUCUGCACGGCUACUUGAUCGAGGUCACCUUCACCGCCGUCUGGGAUCUGCUAGUGUUCGGAAGCCUCGAGCUGCGCGGUUUCAGCAGUGUUUGGAGCCUUGCCAUCUACUCUAUUUCCUGCAUCGCCAUGGAGAAGAUCAACAGCUUAAUGCAAAGGCGCGGGCUUCUGGCUAGGGCGCUGGCUCACACUUGCUGGAUCUACGCCUGGGAGUUCACGACGGGCUCUGUGCUCAGAGCUAUGGGAGCGUGUGCCUGGGACUACCGGGACUUCCGGUACAACAUUUCCGGUUUGGUGACGCUAGAGUACGCGCCGCUUUGGUUCCUGUGCGGACUGCUCUUCGAACUGCUCCUUGUGAACAACGUGAACAGGCUAGUGUGGAUGUGCGAACAAGCCGAAUCUGCAGCCGACGUGAGGGACGGCUUUGCCGCACCCGUUGGCGCCGCGAAGAACGGAUACAUCACGUGGAAGAGAGAAUAGGGAGCUGUAGUUUGCACGCGUGAAUGACCCAAAGAGCGACUGGUCUCGACAGUACGUAGUCGUUAAAAUGCAACCUUUCAUUAUUUUUGUUCGACGAGCAUGCGACACGAAAACCUUUCUAACGCGUUGUGGUUCAACAAAACGUCACAAAGUGCGGCUACCAGCACUGCCGUCCACAUGUCUGGUAACCCGGCAUUC